AUGGGGACUCCGUCCGAGGAAGCCACUGCGCUUAAGAACCAGGGCAACGAUGCGUUCAGGAAUCAGGCCUGGGACAAGGCAUUGGAGUACUACACCAAGGCCAUAGAGGCUUACAAUGCAGAGCCCUCCUUCUACUGCAACAGGGCUCAAACAUACAUCAAGCUUGAACAGUACGGCUAUGCAAUCCAAGACGCAGACACCGCCAUCGAGCUUGAUCCCAACAAUGUCAAGCCCCACCACCAGGCCUACUAUCGUCGCGCCUCCGCCAACACCGCCAUUCUCAAGCAUCGCGAAGCUCUUCGCGACUGGAAGCUCGUCGUCAAGAAGGCUCCCAAUGACGCAACCGCAAAGCUGCGCAUGGUCGAAUGCGAAAAGGUCGUUAAGCGAGAUGCCUUCCUCAAGGCCAUCGAGGUUGAGGAUGCGCCGUCUGCGGCCGAGGGGCUUGAUCUUGAGAACAUGGCAGUCGAUCCUUCCUAUGACGGUGCGAAGCUGGACGAUACAAUGACAUUGGAGUUUAUUGAGGAUAUGAUCGAGAGAUUCAAGAAUGGAAAGAAGCUGGCGAAAAAAUACGUCUACCAGAUCAUCAUCAAGGUCAUGGAAAUCGUCAAGAGCGAACCUACCAUGGUCGAGUACGACGUUCCAGAAGGACACCAAAUCACCGUCUGUGGAGAUACACAUGGUCAAUUCUUCGAUCUAAUGAAUAUUUUCGAGCUCGCAGGAAAGCCUUCAGAGACGAAUUCCUUCCUCUUCAACGGCGACUUCGUUGAUCGUGGCUCUUGGUCCUGCGAGAUUGCGCUCCUGCUGUACGCCUACAAGUGGCUGUAUCCAAACACAUUCUUCCUGAACCGCGGAAAUCACGAGACAGAUGACAUGAACAGGAUGUACGGCUUCGAAGGCGAAUGCAAAGCAAAAUACACCGACCGCGUCUUCAAGCUCUUCUCCGAGUCCUUUUCAGCCCUCCCCCUGGCUACACUGAUUGGCAAGAAGUACUUUGUACUCCAUGGUGGUCUCUUCUCGGACGACAAGGUCACGCUUGACGACGUCCGGAAGCUGGAUCGCUUCAAGCAACGCCAGCCAGGUCAAGCUGGUUUGAUGAUGGAGAUGUUGUGGACCGACCCACAGACGAGCCCUGGCCGAGGCCCCAGCAAGCGUGGAGUUGGUCUCCAAUUUGGGCCGGAUGUCACUAAGCGAUUCUGCGAGAACAACGGCCUCGAAGCCAUUAUUCGGUCGCACGAAGUCCGUAUGGAGGGUUAUGAAGUCGAGCACGAUGGACGCUGCAUCACAGUCUUCUCUGCGCCCAACUACUGCGACAGCACGCACAACAAGGGUGCUUUUAUCAAGAUCGGGUCUGAUUACAAGCUCAAAUACACGCAGUUCAACGCCGUGCCACAUCCCAACAUCAAACCGAUGGCUUAUGCCUCCACCGGCAUGGCUGGCAUGAUCUAG